GGCGUUUUCGAACAGGCAGCCGAGAUAGGUCGAUCUUCCACUCAGCCAUCGAUAUGUUGUGAGUAUAAAACUUUUGUUUAGCUCCCAAACAACUACUUUCAAAUGCAGUGAUCUGUUAAAGUAAAAUUUUCUGAUGCUCAUGAAAGGUAUGAAGCCGUCGGCAUAGGCGAAGACAGCACCGCUUUUACUUGUUGAAUAGGAAAUUCGAACCUCAACAACCGAAAUUUAAAACUACUCUGAUAUUUACAUAAACAUUUGCUUUGCGAUGUUAGUAAAUAAAUUUAAAUUUAUGCAGUGCAAUUCUACAGCGAUUUUUAUGAAAACCAAGCUUAGCUGUGAGCGCAGAGAGAAUAAUAUACAUACAUACAUAAGUACGUAUGUACAAAGGCAUAAACAUAGUUUGUAGAUGUAAAUUUUUUAUAAUGCAUGUCGGCAUAAUCUUUUUAUAUGUAGCUGCUAAACUUGAACUUGAGUCGGUAGAAACAGUUUCCCCUAGUCAGUUGCUCGCCGGACUUCAUCAAAGGUGUACCUACAACCGCUGGCAUCCAAAUUCGCUAAAAUAUGCACCGGUAUAUGAAGAAAAAAAGAAAACUUAUAGUAAAAAGUGAAACUGCUAAGAAUCUUCGCCAAACCAACCGCAAUGAGGUGCAGUCAAUUGGGGUGAAGUAAAUUAAAAAAUUAUUUCAUAAUCGCGAACAGCGCAGUAAGCAGCGCUCGAAAUUCCGAUUCGAAAUAAUAAAAAAAAGUGAUAAUCGUUGCCGCUGGCACCCGAACAAAGGCGUGUGCGCGCGCGAAAUGUUGCCAGCCACAUGUUGCAGCCAGCCACAUUUGAUACGCUUCAGUGGCUUUGAGCGGCAAGAGUGCGCGCGAAUCUUCAUCUCAAGCCACUGCGCGGUUGAGUAGAUGCUACAAGCAAGCGCUAAUUCGAAGACAGUCUGCAGCUGGCGCCCGCGAAGAACGAACGUUGUAAAAUAUUUACCAAUUGAUUUCGCAUUAUUUGCGCUCAAGUCGAGAUUGAAAACGCAAGUGUUAUAGGACGCACACGCACCCCGCCGCGCACCGAGCAUUAGCCGCCUGAUUUACGAUCGGAACGGAAAUUAUUUGCCUUUGUGCGUCAUGCCAAUCGCUGAUAAGAGAGUGAACUCGAAUAGCCAGCACUUUUGUUUAUCAGCAGCGUGAAUUUACAAUGUAUAUAUUAAUAAAAUAAUACGACAAAAACAACAACAACGCCAUUUGUGUGAAACCAUUUAUUAGGUGCUACAUACCUAUAUUGGUCAGUGUCACGCUCUGUGGGGCCAAACGCCUAGCCAGCCAGCAGCGCAUUCGACGCGUAAUCGUCCAACAGUGAAGUUGUGAAAAAUACUGGGAGCCUAUUUUUUGAGUUUAUUUCGUUUGUUUCAAAAGUGAAAUAUUUUUACUUUUAAGCGGUGAUAUCUAUUGAAUAACACGCGCGUACUCCAAGCACCCAGUGCAGACCAACGUAAAACGCAACGCGUCGAGCCCCCUUUUGUUGGACGCGCACAAAAUUUUCAAGCUGAUAAACUACGACCACAACAAGCCACACACACACACAGCUCAAACACAAUAACUACUCUUCUUGUUUGCUUGAUCGAGUCUUGAUCUCGUGCUGCGCGCGCGCUCAGUUUACUUUUGUACGUCGCGCCGUCCGCAACAUGUCACGCGUGCAGCAUCUUGUGUUUACUCUCCUUGCGUUCAGCGCCUGCUCUCUACCGCACAUCGCAGCCCAGUCGGGUCUGUGGUCAUUGAGUUUGGGCCCUACUUCACUCUUCAAUAUACCGGAACUUGGUCGUUCCUUUUUGAAAUCGGUUGGUGUAGGUCCCGAAAAUCUAUUAAAUACAGUGGAUUUUCAUUCGCGCGUGGAUCCAAAUGUGUUAGAGGAUUCGCAUUUGACAACGCCGGAGUUAAUAAACAAAUACGGAUUUCCCUCUGAAAUACAUCACACCAUCACAGAUGAUGGUUACAUUUUGGAGUUGCAUCGCAUCGUUAGGAAAGACGCCACACCAGUGUUGCUAAUGCAUGGAUUAUUGGAUUCGUCAGCGACAUGGGUGAUGAUGGGGCCCGAUAAGGGAUUAGCCUAUCUCCUCUACAAUUCCAGCUAUGAUGUAUGGAUGCCGAAUGUGCGCGGCAACACCUAUUCGCGCAAUCACACCAAGUACAGUACGAAACAUGCGAAAUUCUGGGAUUUUACCUUCCAUGAAAUUGCCAAAUAUGAUUUACCGGCCAGCAUUGAUUACAUAUUGGCGCAGACGGGCCAAGAGCGACUACAAUACAUUGGACACUCACAGGGCACUAUGACCUUUUGGAUAAUGUGCAGCGAGCGUCCCGAAUAUAGUGACAAGAUUAUAUCAAUGCAGGCAUUGGCGCCUAUAGCCUAUAUAAAGCACAGCAAAAGUCCGGUGGUGGAUUUUUUGGCUUACUUUCAAGAGCCAAUCGGGAUACUUUUGAAACUUAUUGGCGCUCACGAAUUCUUACCCAGCACCGAAUUCAGGGUAAUGUUCAGUCAAUUAAUCUGCGAUGAGGAUGUCAUUACAAUGGAAAUUUGUUCAAAUAUAUUAUUUUUGAUCGUCGGUUUCGAUAAAUCGGAGGCAAAUGAGGUGCGUAGUAGAUGAAAUAUUGUCCCAAUACCCUGUUGAAAAUACCAAGUGAAGAAGGUUUUGU